CGUAUAUAUAUAUACGUAUUCGUAUUUUUCUAUUCUUUUUUAAAUAAAACAAACAGUUUCUUAUACGGAAACUUGGUAUAUACUUGUUUUAUCUUUUGUUCUCAUCUUCUCCGAUCGGUGGAUUCUCUUUCUUUCCCUCUGCUGAUUAGUUUUAGCCUAGUGGAGCUCUUAACUUGCGUGCAUCGUCAGUUGAUUACAGCUGAGCCCCGUUGGUGGAUAAGGCCUCUGCCAUGGAGUUUCUGGCAGGCAUGUCAGCGCAGGAGAAGGCUGCACCGGCGGCUCUGUUCUUGACGGAGGAAUCUAGCCGUGGUGGAAGGUUAAGGAGAUGUGUCAAGUCUCCGCCGGAGAGUUCUUCAUCGGUCGGGGUGACGGGAGAGAGCAGUGAAAGCGAGGAAGAAGAAGAAGAAGACGGCACCGUUUCGUCACAAGGAAGAUGGCUUGAUUCGUUCGGUUCCUCUCUGGAAGAUUCUCUUCCGAUUAAGAGAGGAUUAUCAAAUCAUUACAUAGGGAAAUCGAAAUCAUUUGGGAAUCUAUUGGAAGCGAGCAACAACGCCAAGGAACUGGAGAAAGUGGAGAGUCCAUUGAACAAGAGAAGGAGAUUGCUUAUUGCUAACAAGCUAAGGAGAAGAUCUUUAUCGUCAUCUUUCAGCUUCUACCCCAAGACUAAUCUUAAUUCCAUGCCUUUACUUGCAUUGCAAGAAUCUGACGAAGAUGAUCACAAAUGUAAUAACGAUGAUGAUGAUGACAGUAGUGAUGAGGAAAUUAAUAAGCUGCAAGAUAAGAGGAUGAAGAUGACGAAUAAUAGAGAUUUUAUGGUUCAAACUCAGAGCUGUUUUUGCUUAUCUAGUUUUCCAGAUGAUGAUCGAUAAAAUCCAUUUCUAUUAGCCACUUGUGUUCUGUUUUUUUUUUUUAAUAGCGUAGAGGAAGUUACGUUGGCAAUAAGUGAUUUGAUAGAUUGAUUAAAGAAUAUAACUAAUGGUUUAGUCGUUUGGAUGAUCA